AUGGCUGGUGAUCACUCAACUGAAUUACAGUUAAAUCAUACAGAUAACAUCACAACCAAUACAAAUAAUACCUCCACAACCUCAACAACAAAAAACAAAAGUGCAAAAAUCGACACACCUGAAAAACAAACCCCAACAAACCAACUCUCACUAAACAAAGGACUUGAUAAUCAAUUAGAUAUCAUUGCACCUCCAUCAAUCACAAGACCACUCUCUUUCUUAGAAAAAAACAAUAACACCAUCAACAUUAAGUGUUACUUUAAUCAACCACACAUCCUUGAAGAAUUAACCUCUAAAGAUGACACAAGAAUCCAACAAAUUCACAAAAACAUUCACAAACUCUUCGAAGAUAUACUGUCGCCAUCAGCAUUUAAAAUAAUUGGUGCAACUGCCUUCGUAAAUUGCAACGUUGAUAAAUUAACUUCAAUAAUCAACCUUCAAAACCAACUUGCACUAAAUAUAGACAAACUCAAUAAUGAAAUUUCACACAAAAGUGAUUCUUCAAAUAAUAAUAACGGGAAAAACUCAUUAUCAAUGAGCAAUCCAACCGAUCCAACAAUUGUACCACAAAAACCUCUACAAUCCCAACCAAACAAACCAAGUGCACCAACUCCAAAUACAAUAAAUACAAGAAGAAGCAGCAAUGCCCUGACUACACAACCAGUCAAUACUGGUGCUGCCAAACCUAGUAAGGUAUGA